AUGGCAUAUGUCACUGAAUCAACCAAGGCAUAUGGAAAUCCUCUUCAUGAAUUAACUUGGACAAUUGGUAAGGGCACAAUUGUUGAACCAAUAGAACAGGUUAUACCCCCUGAACCACCAUUGUUGCCACCAACGCUGCUAAAAGUUACAUCGUUUGACAGUUUUGACUAUCAAGCUAUAGGUUUCAAAUUCGAUAUUCUUGCCCUCGUGAUAAAUGGUAGCCCUCCAUCAUAUGCCUCAAAUGGGAGCAAAAUUCAUCAUCAUCGACUAUCAAAAUGUAAUAGAAAUCAAAAUGCUUAUCAAAAUGCCUUACAACCAAAUUCCACACUGUUGCUUAAGCAACAAUUGAAAAAACCAACAAAACUCACUCUCUGGGAAGAAUUCAUAGACCUAUAUGGGAAUAAACUUCUCAAACAUCUGAAAGAACUUCAAGAUUUCCCAGUAAUUCUUGCCAGAAAAGUGGUCAAACCAAAAUCAUCUUCAGGCCUUUCAAAUAGAUUUGGUACAACAAUCCAGAUUGAUCCCCCGUACCCACAAGCUAUCGAACUAAAGACAUGGUCCAAUGAAAUAAAACCACUUCUUAGCACAUACAUAACAAAAAGCACCACAGCUACAGGAUCUCUUUUAUUUGUGCCAUUUGAAGAACACAUUGGCCAAAUAUUCCAUGUGCAAGCUCAAUUGUUAAUAUCCAAUGAAACUCAACGAUUCUGUGUUUUACUCUGCUCCGACUGCAAGCAAAUCUUUCCAAGGAAUUGGUCACAGAGAAGAUUCUAUUGUACGACCUGCCAUCGAUCAACACAUCUCACACCCAGAUGCCAGUUCGAAGUAACCAUCCAAGAUGGUACUGGUUCAACAACAGCUAUGAUUUCAGACAAAAUUGGAGGAGCACUACUGUCUCUCACUGUGGCAGAUAUUCAUGAAAUACGUUGCAUCAAGAAACAAUUGUUGCCACUCAUACCCGUGCAACACAAACUGCUAGGGAAGACAUUCACUAUCCAAAUAAAGAAGCUGUUCGCAAAACACAAGGAUGCGUCUUCAGCAAAAUUGUUCAUCAUGUCAAUCACCGAAGAAGAUAUUGCUAGCAACCUGGCAUUGCCACUCACUGCACCAACAACUCCAGAAAGCAGCAAACGCAAGCUGAAGCAAAUCAUGACAAAGGAAGACUAA